CGCACAACGGCACGAUCGAGUUCACCAGUCGUGACGCGCACAUCGGCGCCCACUCCCGACGCGGUGAUCUCGAGAUCCUCGGGUACAACCUGCUGCAGUGGGCGUGCGGCCGGCUGCCCUGGCAGGACCACCUGCGGCACGCCAACGCCGUAGCCCGAAGCAAGUGCGAGGCGAUGGCCGACGUGAGCACCCUGAUGCGCACCUGCUUCCCGCUCGGACUCGUCCCGGGCGCAGAGGCGAUCCAGCGAUACCUGGAGCUGGUUGCAGCGAUGCCGUUUGAUGCCACGCCCGACUACGACGGCCUACGGGCCGCGCUGCGGAGCGGACUGCACGCUCUCGGCUCCCCGCCAGCCCGGCUUCGCUUCUCUCCGGGGGAGGAGUCGGGCGCGCCUGCGCGGGGGAGAGCCCGGUCGGCCAACCGCCGUAACCGCUCCCCCCUCCAGCCGGUGCAGGAUUCGUCUCCGCUGCCUCACAGUCGCCGGCGAGCAGCUCCCAAGCAGCGGGCUCGCGGCCGGCCCGUCGACGUCACCUCCGGUCAGAGCAGUGAGGAUGAACAACAGCCGGCCGCUUCCGUCGAUAACUACGCGACGGACGUUCGGGCGCGGGCGGCGGCCGGCAAGGGAGGCCGAAGGCUGCCGUCCGCUGUUACCAAGCGCAGACAAGCAAGUGCCGCGGUCAAGUCGCGCAGCGCUAACGGUGUCGGCUACGACAACUUGACACCGUCCAUGCGGGCCGUGCUGGACCAGCGGGCGCAGAAGAAACACACCAAGUUGCCGCGCGGCCGCGGCCGGGGUGUCCGGGCGGCCGUCGGCGCCGCUACAUCACGGCCGGAGGACAGCGACGAGCCUGACACUGCGACAGCGGCGAUGGCGCAGGGUCGCGCCGCGCGAGCCGCCGCCCGCCAGGCCCGCUUGUCCUCGUCCGGGACCGGCGUGGCGACGGCGGCCCACUCGCCGCCGCCAGCAGACUGCGACGAGCAAAUGUUCUACACGCCCCCGAGCGCACCGGCGCGCCGUCGCAGUGGCCGGCUCCGCGUCAGCCGGUCUCCAGAACUGUGGUGA